AAUCUUGAAAACUAUACAGUGGGCCUACAUUAAAGAUUCUUGUGUGUAUACACUGAUAAUGGAAAUAACAUCAGCUACAAAUAUAAAUAGAGUGGAGAGUGGAGCUCUUUGCAUGAAAACCAUCCUGUUCAGAUUGCCUGUGCAGGCAUCGUCUCUCUUAAUCUAACAGUAAAUGAUCACAUCAUCCACCUGUAUUUCCUGCCGAGUGACAGUAUGCACAUCAUUACCUGUGACAUAUUUGUGUGUCACAGGUUUGAAAUGCUGGCAGACAGACUCUCCAGGUCUGAUAGGAUGUUUUAUGAUCAUAAGGUGCUAAAUAUAUUUUCAUCCUGAUGAAACUCACAUUUAAUUUUGCCGUGUGCAUGUGUAUGGAAUGUGUGCAUGAUGUAUGUGCGUGUGUGUGUAUGUACUUAUGUGUAAAGGGCAGACAGUUCAGGGGAAAUUUGAUCCUAUAGCCCAGCAUGGGACAGGGUACAUCUACUGCAAAAAAUAGCAGGCUCACCCCUGCAAGUGAUUUUAUUUUGCAUUAUAAUUGAACUAAGGGUGGUUCAAAGUUGUCAGUGUAUGGUUUAAUGGCUAUUUUAAUGGCCAUUUCAGAUGCCUCAUGAAUGUGACUAUAUGCUACAUAAAGACAUCAAAUUAGAGUUGAACUCAUAUUGUGACGAAAUACAUUCCAUUACCUGGAAUCAAAUGAACAUAAAGAGAGAUCAUUUCACUGAAACUGCACUGAAAUUGCCAGAAAGUGACUGGGAGAUUGAGUCUCUUGCUGUCACCCAGCUCCUUGUUAUUUGCUGAGCACGCUGGGAUCGUGUUCCAACAGGACUCACAUUUAUAUCUCCCUGGAUCCUGUCAACAUACUUACUGCCUCAACAAAAUGAAGCAAAGAGGAGUCUUAUUUUGAAUGUCCACUGCCUUCUAGUAGUAGUUGUUUACAUUAAUGGAUAACUUACUGGAAUGUGUGGUAAAUUCAUAUCAGCAGUGAGCGGUUUAUCAUUAGGCUGUGUGCUUUCUGUCAUUAAUUAUAUGCUAGUGGGGGACAUGCUGUGUGUGGAGGAAGGACGACUUGGUCACUUUCUAGGAAGGUUCACACAAAUCUGACGUCUGGCUCUGGGCCUGAAGCAGAUAGUACCAUGGAUCAUGUGCUAAACAUUGCUGACCAUUACAUAUUCACCCCAUAUGUUUACCCGACCUGGUGGCCUGAGGAUGAAGCUCUGCGUCAGAUAAUCAGCCUGUGGGUGGUGACCAGCCUGGGAGCAGAGCUGAUUUACCUGGGCUUUGGUGCUCUUAGCUUCUACUAUGUCUUUGACCAUAAGCUGAUGAAACAUCCACAGUUUAUUAAGAACCAGGUAAGAAAAGAAAUUCAACUUGGAAUUGUCUCUAUCUUCUGGAUGAGCUUCCCCACAAUAGCCCUUUUCUUCUGUGAGGUCAGGGGAUACAGCAAACUUUACGACAAGAUCAGUGAGUCUUCUCUGGGCUGGCAAGAAGUGUUCCAGAGCAUUGCUGGUUUCUUGUUCUUUACUGACAUGUGUAUCUACUGGAUACACCGGUGCAUGCACCAUAAGAGUGUUUACAAGCACUUACAUAAGCAGCACCACAUAUUCAAGAUCCCUACACCAUUUGCCAGCCAUGCCUUCCAUCCACUUGACGGCUUUCUGCAGAGCUUACCCUACCACAUCUACCCUUUCAUCUUCCCCCUGCACAAGGUGGUCUACCUCUCGCUCUUUGUCUUUGUUAACAUCUGGACCAUUUCCAUACACGAUGGAGACUACCGCAUCCCAGGCCCUCUGAUAUAUCUGAUCAACGGUGCUGCUCACCACGUAGACCAUCACCUCCACUUCAACUACAACUACGGACAAUACUUCACGCUCUGGGAUCGCCUGGGGGGCUCCUACCGACACCCCUCAGCCCUGCUGGGCAAGGGGCCACAUGACCAUGUCCGCAAGCUUCUGGCAGAGGCUGCACAGAUGAAGUGAUGAUAUGAGUCUUUUCUUAUUUAAAUCUCACGGGGAGAUUUCCAGAGAGGCCAGAGUCAAGAGACCAACAGCCAUCUGGAGCAGAAAUUUGAAAUCCAUGACAAAGGAGAGACAAUAUGUAAUUUUAAAUACAGAGCUGUGCAUGAAA